AUGGAAGGUAACAUUUCUGAUGCACUAACGGCCAAGUUGGAAGAAUUUAACUACCUCACACCGGAACAACAUGGUUUCCGACGAAAUCGAUCGUGCACUACAAAUCUACCACUAGCACGAUCCAGCUGGAAUGAAGCAGUAGACGCUGGCACAGGAGUUGAUGUAGUCUUUCUCGACUUCUCAAAGGCGUUCGACCGGUUUAACCUUAGCAUUCUGCUCUUCGAACUCCAGACCGUUGAUAUUGGGGAUCCACUCCUGGGAUGGAUUAGAAGCUUUCUUCUGCACCAGCGGCUGGAAGUACGUGUGCGUGAAUCCCUGUCAGCUCCAAUCCGAUUUGAAUGCGGAGUACCAAAAGGAUUG